CCAAAUUGAAAUAAGCUAGAAAUUAAUCGUAAGUAAUUAAAAAUAUAUCGCGAUAGCGAUAAAUAUAAUAAUUAAAUAAUUAACAAUAUCACUUGACUAAGAAUUAUAAUGGCAAAGAAAAGGCAAAAUAGGACUACGCAGAAGGUUGUAAAAUUUAUUGAAACUAGCAAUAUCACUCCAGUUUAUAAAACUGUGUCAAAAAAAUCUAAUACAAAAUAUAGUAUUAGAAAUAAAAAAAAUAUCAACGAUUUAAAAAUUUGUGGAUGUGAAAAUAAAAUGAACUCAUAUAUACCAAAAACAUGGCAAUCUAUUAUGAAUAUGUAUGGUGAUGCAGAAACAACAGAGGCUUGGAAUAGGCAAGGUAAAAAUCCGGAACGGAUUUUAAAACCAAAAAAAUCAAACAAGGAUAAACGUAAAGCAAAACAAAUAGCUGAACCAAAUAACGAUUUUAUAAAUGACAAAAGUAAUGUAAAAUCCAAAUAUCCCAAAACAUUAGUCAAGAAAUCUCGAAUAAGUUUAUAUCGCAAAAGAAAUAAACGCAAACGCGUUUUAAAUCGACAAAAUCUCAAAACAAAUAAACAACAAGAAUUCGAUUCUAACAUAAAAGAUAAGAAGAACAAAGUUGAAUCUCCAAUAGGUUUCGAUUUUUUUAAACGAAAACCGAUAAUCAAAUCAGAAUUAUUUCGGAACCAUAUCAAUCAUAAAGGAACCGGAGACGCUUUUUUCGGUGGACUCUAUUCAAAUUAUCAUAAGCAGCGAAAAGAAAAUCCUGCUGCUGAAGAUAAAAAUAUACUCGAUAAGGAAUUGGUCAUUUCAAAUGAAAAGGAAAAUUUAAGCAACGGUAAAAGGAAAACAAGACACAAAAAUACUUUCUUAAAAGACAGUUCAGAGAAAAUUAUGGGAAUAUGGAGUAAGUGUAACUUGGUUAAAAUGUUUGUCAAUCCACAUACAAGUAAAUCACAAAAUAUAGUACAUGAUUUAAAGGGAGAACCAUUGUUUGAAAUGAAGGUUGACUCUGUUAAUAUGCGGGUUGUAAAUUCUUCAGAAAUUAAUUCCAAAUUAAAAACUCUUGGAAAAAUUAAACGAAGACCUUCUUGUAUUUGCGAUUCGCGAGAAAAAUCGUUAAAAACUGGAGGGCAUAAUGUGUGUAAGAAAGGUAUAUGCGAACAUGCAUUAUUUAAAGGACAACCUGGUUUCGAUUGCAAAUGUAAAAGAAAAAAAAAUUUAAUCGUAUGCAACGAUACAAAUUGUGAUUCUAAAAAAAUUUCCAAAUACUAUAAAAAUAAAAAAAUAAAAAAUAAAGAAAAACAAAGAAAACCGGUGGUCGAAGUCGUACUGAAUCGUAAUAGUAUGACAAUAUUAAAUUCAAAAGAAAUUGGUAAAAUGUUUAAGAAGGCACCUCAAUACGAAAUUUGCCCUACCGGUAUUUGCAAAGAGGCUAGCAAAGAUCCAGAUAUUGAACUAAUUUGUAAAUGUAUAGGCAAAAAAAAUUCACCCAUGAUAAAAGAAUGCACAGAUGAAACGUGUGUUAGAACAGUAAAAAAGUGUAAAUUAUCGAAAAUAUGGUCUCGAGUGUUUAGUAAAUGCGAGAAUUUCGAAAUCACUCCAGGUUUCGAAAUAAGUAAGGUUCGUGGUCAUAAACAACGAUAUCAUGUUGCAAACCAACAAUAUUAUGAAAAACCACAAAAGAAAUCUGGUGAAUUAAAGAAUACAAGACGUGUCUCAGUUCCAAUAGCACUACAGCUCAAGAGAAAUAUAGGAUCAUAUGCAAAUGUUUGUGAGUGCAAUUUAAAAGAAGCUGAAGUUAUAAAGAACAAGGUUAAAAGUGUCAAGAGGAAAAAAAGAAAAAGACUAAAGGUAUUUAAAUCGCUUAAAACACAGACGUCUUUUACUCAUCAAACAAAGUUACAAAAUUUGUCACGACAUAUUAUAAAAUGCUUACAAAGAAAACGGGUACGUUGCGAAAAUAAAUUAAAACAAAAGGAAAAAGAGUUCAAGGAAAGUGAAAAGAUGGCCGACAAGGAAAACUUAAAAGUAGAAAAAAUUAUAAAAAAAAAUAAAAAUGACGAGGAACUUGCUUGGAAUUGCAUGACGAAUUUUGUAAUUGGUAUUAUAAAUAUUGGAGUUAAUUUGAUAAUUAAAAUAUUUUCAAUGACUUUCUCUAUGCUGCUAAAUCCCAUUGGAAGCUUUGUGUAUGUUAGGGAAAGAGCAAAGGAUCCCCCUGGCACAAUAAAAAGAAUAAAAGGUUGGUUAACCAGGACAUGGUCAAACAAAAAUUCGAGGAUGUCAGAAACUAUAAAGCAAUCGAAUACUAUGAAUGUAAUUGCCGAUCAAAUAGAAGACACAGCUAUCUAUGACGCACUUUUUGCGAAUAAAGGCAAGACUGGAGCUCAAAAGUCAUUGUAUGAAAGAAAACGUAAGUUAAGAAAACGAAGAAUACAAAAACGACAUGAUCAAGCUCUGUAUGGAUGCCGCCACAUGCUUUUAACCACCUUGCGAAAGACACCCUGUUUGUGGUUAUAUUAUAUUUGCCCAGAUUUAUAUCCACAAUACCUUAACUUAGUUACUUUCAUGACAAAUUUCUGUCAUUUAAUUAUAUAUCUUCUUGCGUUGAUUUGUUGGACUCCUUGUAUCAUUUGUUUUGAAGGUUGUCGAGCAUGUUUGUGUUGUUUAUUUUGUACGAAUUAGUUUUUGUAAGUAA